AUGACUCAGUCUGUCCUCAUCACCGGCUGCAGCGCCGGCGGGAUCGGGUCCGCUUUAGUGGAAGAAUUCCACACGAAAGGGCUACACGUCUAUGCGACCGCGCGAUCUAAGUCUAAGUUGGCACAUCUCAAGCACCUCGCAAAUGUCACAAUUCUCAAGUUGGACGUGACUUCUGCGUGGGAUAUUGAAGCGGCAGCGGAGUUCGUCCGAGAUGAUGCCGGAAAGCUCGAUAUUCUAAUCAACAAUGCUGGUCAAUCUAUGGUCUUUCCAGCACUAGACAGUAGCAUUGAGAACUCGAAAAAGCUUUUCGAUGUCAAUCUUUUUGGGCCGAUGGCCGUGGCUCAAGCCUUUGCUCCGUUGGUCAUUGCUGCCAGGGGCACUAUAGUUAAUGUUUGUUCGAUGUCGGGUGUUGCGAAUGCGCCGUGGCUGAGUGUGUACAACGCCUCCAAAGCCGGUCUACAGUCAUGGAGCGAGACACUCCGGCUAGAGCUCAACCCAUUCGACGUGAAAGUUAUUUCACUGGUGACCGGCUCCGUCGCCACAAACCUUCUGACCCACGCUAAUAUCCGCCUACCUGAGAACUCACUCUAUGUUAAAGCGACCCAGCAGAUCCAAGCUCGUGGAAUGGGGCAGGACGUGCAGUCGAAGGAUUCACCCGCUGAGUUUGCAAGUAAACUUGCUAGUGAUGUCCUGGGCGGUACUACCGGACUGGUUUGGCGCGGGAAGAUGGCGUCGAUGAUUUGUUUUCUAUCGAAGUUGGCACCUAUGUGGUUUAUGGACCUUGCCUUGACUCUUCGUACGGGACUUGAACAGAAAACGAGCGAUGAUAGAUUAUCCGGCUGCACAAACAAGGACCAGAAUGCUUCCCUGGGCCGUAGUAUGCCACGGUCGCCUGGGACCACAAACCACAAUGCAGAGGCAGUAGACUCGUCCGAUGUUUUUGAGUCGGUGAUUCAAGCGGCAUUUGCUCCUGUCGUAAACACCGAUAGUGGCAACCGUCUCAAGACCAUCAGCACCGCCUCUCCACUACCAGAAGAUUACAGUGGCAAUGUGCAGGAUCAGCUAGACAUCCAAGCUCCUUCCUUACCAGACGUCGAGCUCGAAACAGGAUGGGAUUCUUGGCUCUUAUGCGACGACUUCAAUCUAGAUGCCGUCAACUCGUCUUUACUUCAAGUCACCGCAGAAGGUACACAGCGGUUGGAUAGUGGCUGUUCAAAAAUGGUCACUCAACCUAUAGAACGGAGUUCUACGCCUAGUGGCGACUCUGUCAGGAGGAAGUGGCACACAUAUUGUGAGCCAAAUCCUGCCAGAGUCAGCCCUGAUCCCACUCUGGAAACUGGUCAAAUUGACGAAUGUUAUCGUGAAGAGCUCGUUGAACGACUUAAGCCGAGAGUCCAGACAGGAAUUCUUCCUUCAACCAACUUCAUAUGGGAGGUGCAUAUUGCCAGUCCUCCAGAGGCACGUAUAGCAGCUAUACAAUCGGCACUUAUUGGUCAAGCAUUUGGCUUUCUUGUUGGAUGGGAUCGCAGAGGAAUUGUGCAUGGCAUUUACCAAUCUUCAUGCGAUCCUACCAACCUAGUCGGCAAUGCUUUGGAAGCCGCAUGGAAGGAAUGGGCAAUUAUCGAGACAAAGAAACGUAUCGGACUAGCAAUCGCGAUCCAGGACGCCGAGUUGGCGAAACUACAUCAUCAUGAAUCUGUUUUACGACAUGGCUGCCAACGUUUAUCAAGUACAGCUUCAGACCACCUGUUCGAUGCGCCGAACGCAAAUGCUUGGAAACUUGUAAUGACUCAAGAGAGCUACCACAGCGACAUACCAGAACCUUCCGGCACAACACAGAUUCCUAAGGGGGUCAAUAGCUUCGAACAGUGUGCUAUGCUAGAGUCACUCAGCGUCCUGGCAUGUGAAUCUCACCAGCCUACAGUUUUCGUCUCAAAUAUGGCAGAGAAAUGCGAGGAAUUACUGAUUAAGUGGUAUCAGUCUUGGGAAUCAGCCAAGACUUCGACCAUGAUCUGGACUUCUCCAUUGAUGAUUCUUUGGCACUCUAAUUUUAUCAUGUUAUACGCAAACCUGGAUGUUCUAGAGCGGGCUUGUGGUCGAGAUGGGGAUGAAAUAGAUCCCGAUGCCCUUCGAUACGCUGAACAAUGGGCCACGUCCAACGAGGCCAAGCGGUGUCUCCUACAUGCAAUCUAUAUCCUAAGACAAUUUGAGUCGAUAGCUAUCGGAAGAGCAUCUUCUAUUCACCUACCCCUGUGUCUCUAUCAGUGUGGGAUUGUCUGGUACUGCUUUGGAAAAUUCUGCAAGAAUGCUGUGUUUUCCGCAAGAGAUGCGGAAAGUCAGUUCAAGUAUUCUGAGUUCCACUUGCUUAGGAAUGAUGAGAGUCGGGCUUUGAACAGAGAUUCAAGCAAAUGGCAAAAUAAGUGGGAUACUUUAGAUCAAGUAUUCGGGUGUGUUGAUAUGCUACGACGUAUUCCUCAUUGGAAAUUGCCUCAGAAUCUUGCAUCGACAUUGCUGGCACUUAUUGAGGAGCAGGACAUAUUUUGA